AAUUACUCCGUGCUUGACACAGCCUCCCUCUAAAACGGUGGAAAGUUUAGGUAUGAGUGGAGGUUAGAACAAUCAGAGUGAAUUUAUUUUAAUUAAAGGAACUAGUACGAAUUAUUGUUAUUUGUUUAAACAUGAGCAAGAAGUCAGACAAAGAAAAUUCAUCUACAGAUGGGGAAGAAGAAUUUUCAGUUGAAAAGGUUCUCGAUCGGCGCGUGAGAAAUGGCAAAGUGGAAUACUUUUUGAAAUGGAAAGGAUACUCCAACGAAGACAAUACCUGGGAACCGGAGGAGAAUCUGGAUUGUCCAGACCUCAUUUCAAAAUUCGAAGAGAACAGGAAAAAGAAGGAACAAGCAAAGAAAGACGAAAAAAAGAGGAAGCCUAAUAGUUCCCCAGAAGAUAAGAAGCCUGCUAAGAAGAAACAAAGUGAUGAAGAUAAGAAGCCUCAAGGUUUUGACAGAGGAUUGGAAGCCGAACGUAUUAUAGGAGCUACAGACUCGAGUGGAGAGCUGAUGUUCCUUAUGAAGUGGAAGGGAACAGAUGAAGCAGAUUUGGUUCCAGCCAGGAAGGCCAAUGUCCGUUGCCCCCAAAUUGUUAUCCAGUUCUAUGAGGAGCGUCUUACAUGGCAUAGCCCCACGCAUGAUGAUGAAGGAAAGGGUGAUGCAGAGUAAAAUGAUUUUCACCCUGCAUUUAUUGGGUGCAUAGUGUCAGACAUUUACAAAUGGUUUUAAAAUUUUGAAUGAUAGUGUAUGAUGAUAGUAAAGGCAAUUAAAAAUUUAACACAUUUUGUGCACAGUGACUAUUGACAGAUAUGCACAUGUUUUUUAAUUUUAUGAUAAAAUUGAUAGGCAUGUAAUUCAGAAAGCGGUGUCUAAGAAUGGGGUUAUUUGCAAAGGUCUGUGAAAUUGAUCAUGUGGCAUGUUAUAGUGUGUUGUAUAAUUCUGUAACAUUUUGAUUUGAAUAUGUAUGUUGUAUUCUUCAGGUGUAGUAAUAAAUUAUUGUAAGAUGGUGUGGCACCAAUGUUUUGGGG